CACAGUUCCGCCAACGGGCCGCGAACCGCGCCAUGCCAUCUGUGGUAACACAAACAUAAUACAAUCGUAGUGAUAUUAGUGAGUCAAGUGAUACUAUGGGAUUCCUAAAUGCUAUAUCAUUCUCCGUAUUCAAAAAAUGUCCCAACCUCAGAAUGAGAAGGAAAAGAACGAGAAAAAGACGCAGCAGCGAGGGUCCGGCGGCGGGCGCGCGCGUGCUGCGAGCAACGCCGGACUGGUCAGACGCGGCCGUUAGCGGCGAGCAUCUCUGGUCGCCCACCUCAGUGUCGGGUGACUGCUGCUACGUUGGUGAUGCCGAUUGCCAGAAACAUGGGUCUCGUAUGAAAUGUUCUGCGUGCAAGAUCGUUGCUCAUACAGCGUGCAUCGACAUCCUCAUGGACAGGAUGCAGUUUACCUGCAAGCCGACGUUCAGAGACGUAGGCGUGCGCCAGUACCGAGAACAGACCCUAACUCACCAUCACUGGGUACACCGGAGAUCUGAAAAGGGCAAGUGCAAAGCUUGCGGUAAGUCAUACCGGCGCAGUUGCUGUGGGUGGUGCAUAACAAAACAAUCUUCUGUAGACAAGGCUAUGGAAGUAGCCAAUGAUAACACUGAUCGUUCGUUACAAGCAAAGUUAUCAUUUAGCUCAAAGGAAAUCGUAGCACUAAGUUGUUCCUGGUGUAAGGAUGCAUACCACAAUAAAGAAAGCUGCUUUAAUCUACAGAGAAUAGGAGAAGAAUGCUCAUUAGGCUCUCAGUCCAAUAUAAUAGUGCCACCUUCGUGGAUCGUGAAGUUGCCACGAAAGGGAAGCUUUAAGUCGUCUUUAAGGAAAUCUCCUAAAAAGAAAAAUGCUUCAAAGAAGAAAGGCAAAGAUUCAAAGAAUGAACACAAACCGUUUGUUAUCAAGCCGAUACCGACUACUAAUGUGAAGCCAGUUUUAGUUUUUAUUAAUCCAAAAAGUGGAGGCAAUCAGGGUGUUAAAUUGUUGCAAAAGUUCCAAUGGCUGUUGAACCCACGUCAAGUUUUUGAUCUCACUCAAGGUGGACCUGGACCAGGCUUGGAGAUGUUCCGCAAAGUGCCGAACUUGCGCGUGUUGGCGUGUGGCGGAGACGGCACAGUGGGCUGGGUGCUCAGCGUGCUCGACCGCAUCGGCUCGCGGCCGGCCGUCGGCGUGCUGCCCCUCGGCACCGGCAACGAUCUCGCACGAGCCUUGGGAUGGGGCGGGGGUUAUGAGGAUGAACCAAUAUCGAAAAUAUUGGCGCAUAUCGGAGAGAGUGAUACUGUACUACUAGACCGAUGGCAGCUUACGGUGGAGCCGAAUGCAGCGGCAUCUGGCGAAGACACGAGUAACGCCAAACCCGACUUACCUCUCAAUGUUGUCAACAACUACUUCUCCUUCGGAGUUGACGCUCACAUCGCCUUAGAAUUCCACGAAGCUAGAGAGGCACACCCGGAAAAAUUCAACUCUCGUAUCAGAAAUAAGCUGUUUUACGGCACGGCGGGCGGAAAAGAUCUCAUGCAGCGCAAGUGGAAGGGUCUUGCGGAAUUUGUCACUAUGGAAUGCGAUGGAAAGGAUCUCACGCACGUGCUCCGGGAACAUAAAGUGCACGCUAUUGUAUUUCUAAACAUUCCAAGCUAUGGCGGUGGAACGCAUCCUUGGAACAAAUCAGGAGGGGCACAUGAACCGUCCACGGAAGACGGUUUAAUAGAAGUUGUUGGUUUAACCACAUAUCAAUUGCCUCUACUACAAGCUGGAGGCCACGGGACUUGCAUUACUCAAUGCAAAACAGCAAAAAUUGUAACAACCAAAGUUAUACCGAUGCAAGUGGACGGAGAGGCUUGUCGAUUGGCACCCUCAGUUAUUACCCUCUCUAUACUGAACCAGGCGAUCAUGCUCGCCAAGAAAAAGCCCGGUCGAGUACUAGUACCACAAACGACGUUAGAUAAAUUGUCACUCACUGUGAAUCUCAUUACAAUGGCCGAUUACGAGAGGCACCACUACGAUAAAGAACUCCUUGCAAACACAGCGGAACGUAUUGGCACUUUAGAAGUAAAUCCAUCGGCUGACUUGGAGCAGAUGCGGUCUCUUAUACAGAACAUGAUCAAAGAAUCUCAAGCGUACUCGAGCAUUGUCGAUUGGUGGUUUGUUGACUCGGUGACAGCGGAACGGUUCUUCCGGAUAGACAAAGCUCAAGAGAAUCUCCACUACGCGACCGACAUCGGUCAUGAGAACAUCUACAUACUGGACGCGGCGCCGCAAACGCCGGACACCGAAAGCACGGCGCAUCCGGAAACAACCGCCACGCCCUCCUUCGACCGUACCGGACCCUCCGUGUCACUAGACACCACUACUGGACUCUCGGUCUCGCUGGACAUAUCUCAAAGCGUUGACACCCCUAGUGCCGGUGUGUCCUUGGAUGUUCCUGAAUCACACGCAAGUGAAUCUGGUUUGGGAAGCCCUGCGAGGACCUCUGACGAGCCACAGAGCCCGCAGACGCCGCCGUCCGCAGCGGCAACGGCCCCCUCCUCCCCCGCACUCACCGCACCCAAGAUAUCCCUCUCCACUUCCCCCAAGGCUCCGAUCUCACGAGCACUCACUCCCAAACUGUCCACCCAGGAUACCAACUCACCGCCGCUGUGUACAAGCCCACCGGCCAAAGAAAACGAAGCAACACGUGAUUCAAUAGCCCGCUUUAAGACAAAUUUAUUGGAAAAGACAUCCGAUUCUCUUCUUAAAGCGGCUAAAGUGGGAGAUUUGAGAAUGGUUAAAGACCUUCACGCUGCUGGGUACUCGCUCCUUUCAAUCGACGCUACCGGUCAGACCGCACUCCACAUAGCAGCGCGGUACGGUAACAAGGAGGUCGUAAAAUAUCUGAUAGCUUGCGCUCCUACUACUAUACUGAACAUGCGCGACAACGAACGGGGACAGACUGCCCUACAUAAAGCGGCUGCUCACAAGCGACGGGCAAUUUGCUGCAUGCUGGUAGCUGGGGGCGCGUCUUUGACCCGCCAGGACCACGCCGGCCUAACACCGCGACAUCUAGCUCUACGCGCUGAAGACCAUGAUUUAGCGGCUUACUUAGAAAGCCAAGAACAUUUUCAACUAGUUUCCGAAGACUUGGAAACGGCAGUAUGAAAAUUAUUAAUGACAUAGAUCAAAAGAUCUGAAAUGCAGUUAAUUGUAUGUGCAACGACUUCUAGAAGUACAAGGAUACUAAUAUAAAUGAUUAAAGACUCUUAAAAUAUUGAAUAUUAUACUCAAACCAGUGAUAUUCAAAUUUGUGCUUUUAAUAUAAAUAACUUUAAUUACAUUUUGACAUAAAAAAUAAUAAUCUUUCUUUAACAUUUUUAGAU